AUGGCUACAGUUACUGCCCGGGCACUGCGUGAGAAGGGUAAUAAAGACGUGUCUCUCGGCGGCAUUACACGUUGUGACAGAACAACCGGGAAAUCCCGGGGGCAGGCACCGCAGCUCUUCCCUUUCAGCCCCCGGCUGCCCGGGCCCUGCCCCCAGCCCGGCUCCGGACGGGGGGGCGAGCCCCGGCCGAGCAAGCAGCGGCACACCGGCACCGCGCGCGUCCAUCCAGCCCCCGGGGCAACGACUACUUCCGUACCGACGGCGGAGCACCGAGAAGCCGGAACGACGGGAAGGCACGAAGGCCCCGGAGGGGGAGGAGGAAGGCGGAGGCGCCGCUGGCCGCAGCCGCCCCUCGGCCGCUCCGCGGGCGGCACCGCAAGCGGCGGCCGCUCCCCGGAGCCGCGGGGGCCUCGAAAACCGCCCCCGGGGGACUGGCGGCACCCGUCGCCUCGAGAGGAUCGUCCACGCGAAACCCAGCGCGCUCGCCGGCGACAGCCCCGCAAGCACCCAGGCUACCUCCCCGACUGCCCACCGCUUCGUACCCCGGCUGCCCGCCCACGGAAAGCCCGGCCGCCCGCGGCGGCUCCUCUCCCCGCGGCGCGGCGCCGGCGGUCCCGUCCGCCCGCCCUCAACCGCCGCUAA